AUGCCUCAAGUUCACCCUGUCGGUCCAAGGGCCCCCAAGGACGACUUCAUGAGGGCAUUGGGCUUAAGCACUUCCGAUCCAAAGCACGAGGGCCACUAUCGAGCCAUGCGCGUACGAAAGCACGGGCAGGACGAAGCAAUUGCUGUGUACAACAGACUGAACUCAGAUCGCACCAGCCUGAUAGACGAAAAGCGCACCGACGCCAGCAUCUCCCCGCCUUUUUUCUGGCAUCACAUCCGUCAAGAACGUCGUCGACAGGCAGUCAUCGAAACAUGGCAACAAGCUAAGCCAGGCACUAUGCAACGAACCCUUUUCGAUAUGGGUGCAACCAACGGCGAACAUGCUCCGAACUGGGUGACUUUGUGGUUGCUCUACAGCGUCUUUCGGUCACGCGACAUCCGCAAUAAUCGUAAUCGUCGAGCAGGAGAUGGCAGUGGAGGUGCGAUUCUUUCCUAUCCUCUUCUUAGCCUCUCCUCCUCCAUUGCUUCUCACUCUGGAUGCUAA